AGCGGAGUUACCUUACACUAACGUUGGUAUUGAAUACAUGUAGAACUGCAUGAAAUAUGUUUGUUCAACAAUAGCUUAACUAGCCCGUACAUUUAUUCAGAACUUAAUUUAGACCAUUUCAGAUAUUUGCCUGCCUGUACACAAAUCAUGGAUUCUGAUUAUAAGUUUGAUAGCAGUUUCCAAGUUUCCCCUGAGGUCAUCGAUGACUUUGACAACAACGGUUACAUAAUCCUAAGAGGUUUUCUGAGCACAGAUGAGUUGAAACACAUUCAGACUGCCAUUGAACACAAGGACGGUGUAACCAAACAUGCGUACGAGAAUGAUGAUGGUGGCGACAGGAAGACUCGAAUGUGCCUAUGGGGGCAUCCAGGGAAUGACGUCACGGGCAUGUUAGCUAGGUGUGAGAAACUUGUUGAUACAUCAGAGAAGCUGCUGGGAGGAGAGGUGUAUCACUACCAUACUAAACUGAUGAUGAAGGAGCCAUACACUGGAGGACAAUUUGUCUGGCAUCAGGAUUAUGGAUACUGGUAUAAGAAUGGUAUACUUUUUCCCGAUCUGCUGACUGCAUUUAUUGCCAUAGAUAAAGCAGACAAGACCAAUGGCUGCCUCCAGGUUUUGAAAGGAUCCCACAGAUGUGGCAGAGUUGAUCACAUACUGGUUGGAGGUCAGACUGGCGCAGAUCUUGAGAGAGUUAAACAAAUCAAAAAUGUACUACCACUAUUACAUGUUGAGCUACAACCAGGUGAUGCCCUGUUGUUUCACAGUAAUCUACUACACAAGAGCGAGGCCAACACCAGUGAAUUCAGACGCUGGGCAUUCCUGACUGCAUUCUGCAAGCGUUCUAACAAUCCAACACUACCCCAUCAUCACCCAUUCUAUACACCGUUAGAGAAGGUUCCAAAUAAAGCAAUACUUGAGUGUACAAACAUCACAGACUUAUAUGAGAAAGACUUCCUUAAUCCAUCAGAUGACAACACAAUUGUAUAUGAACAGAAAUAACAUGUAAAUGAUAUUGUACAGACAUGAUUUCUACAUUGAGUAAUAUUUAUAUUUGUGUAAUAAUGAAUUCUGAACUUCUAGUGAACACUUAAAUCUGAUGAAAAUGAUAUUGCACAGACAACAAUGUAUAGUAACCAAUUAAGAUAGUUCAUCGAACACUGAAUGAUAUUUUGUUACGUAUAGCUACAGACUCAUGGACUGAAAUGCAUUUACUAUUUUGACACACUGAAUGAUAAUACUGUGUUAUAACAUUGGCAUAGAGAUUAUCCUGCGUCCAGUUUCAACUUCAAGAAACACAGCAAACAAAAUAUAUGAAUGUUUCAUUCGAUAUAUUUCAUAACCUAUGAGAUAAAUUACAUAAAGUACAGUAUAUAUCUAAAAUAAAAUGUAAAAUGACACAGUUGAUAGAUAAUACCCAUUAGAGGAUAGUUUGAUUACUAUUUGCUGGGCCAGUGUCUCUUGAUGAUGUCAGCAAGUUGUGUGAGGGUGGCAUUAGUGCGUACUGCAUGUGGCUCAAAAUGUGUCCUAGCUGCUCUGUAUCCCUCUGUAUGUAGCAUUGCGACAAGCUUGUUGGCCCUGGAAAAUAAUAGACUCAGUUUAUGGUUUAUUCUUGAGGGACAAGGUAAGAAUGUAAUUAUUGCUUUUUUACAGCAAAACUAAUUCCAUGAAGCCUCAGAAGCCAACCCUUGUUUGUUAAAUGUUUAUGAACACUGGAG